AUUUCGGUAAAGUACAAGUCCAAAUGCAGACAAAGAAGUCAAGGCCCUAAGAAUCUCCCUUGUAAACCUCCCUUUGACCCUCUCGUGUCUCAGUCUUUGCUUCCUUCGCUUGUCUUCUUCAGACCUCUGCACUCGCUUAUGGAGAUGGAGACACUUCUGCAUAGAACUACUGUUGAUCUGGAGAUGAUUUUGUGUUCUCUGGUGGCGGAGACUUCUUUGCAGGCUCAAAAGUUUCUUCUUGGCCUUCUCUUGUUGAUUGGAUCUCAAUGCUAUGGUAGAAAUGAGUUUUCAAGCUUCCCAGGAGUUGAUCAUAGGUUUCCAUUCACCCAAUUGACUGAAGCGCAAAAGCCUGAUGCAGAAGCCAAAGAUGCCGGUGAAGCUGAUGAAACUGAAAGUGAUGACGAUGAUGAUGGUGGUGAGGAGGAGGAAGAUGACUCUGGAGAAGAAGAAAGUGAUGAGGAGGAGGAUUCAGAUGAUGCUGCUGAGGCAAAUGGCAAUAGUGAAAGCGAUGAGGAUGAUGAGGAGGAGGAUGAGGAGGAUGACGAUGAUGACGACGACAAUGAAGAGGAUGAUGAUGAUGAAGAAGAGGAUGAAGAGCAAAGGGAGCCACCAUCUAAAAAGAAGAAAUGAGAGAAUGCUAUUUUUCGUUGAAGCCAUUUUUGAAUAUUGUCAGGAGGGGCAAUUAUUUAAGCUGUUUUGUUCUGUAGGUGAAGAAAAGUUAGCUUUCUUUUAUUUAGCGUCUGAACCAUCGUCUAUUAUGUAUAACUAAGUAGAUUAAGUCUUGACCACAUUGGCUCUUAUGCCUGUAUAUGAAAGGACCGCCCUUUUUGUUACAAAUUUGUAAUGAGGAAUUGUUUUGCCAGGUCUUAUACAUCAAUGAGUUUCAACA